AUGGCCUGCAGCUCCUAUGACAGCAGCCUCUGUGGCUCUGUGGCUUUUGUCUUGCAGGCCUGUGACCUCUUGCUAUCGUCCCUUUCUGACUCCGAUGGGUUCUUGCUGAGCCUCCAGAACCUGGGUGAGUCCCUUCCUUUUUUCUCCCUCAAGACUUUUUCUUCCAAAACAGAGAAGGGUCGAGUAGCUGCUCCUCGCCUCCACCUCCCAGGCCCCAUGCUAGAAGAUGCGGCGUUAGAAGGCUAAUAAAAUGAACCAGGAAGGAAGGGAAGCUGGUGGCAAAUGGAUAGUUUGCAUUUGGUUAAAUGUCCAAUCUGCAAAAUUGAAAGUGAUAAAUAAUUUGAAACAAAACAAAAUAAACAUGGGGAUUCAUGCUGGGGUGUUUUUCACAAUGGGCAUCUGCAAAAAAAUCAGGGAAAUCUGCCUCAUGGUUGUUUGGUUGAAGAAAAACAAAUGAAACAUUAUUUUUUUACCCUAAUUUAUCCACAUUCCAUUCCACUAUUGUAGAUUUUGGGAAAGCCAUCACUGGAAAAUGUAUCAAAAGGGUGUGUGCUUUUAUUUUUAUUGUUUUAGUUUUUUAUUCGUUGCCUUUAUAUUCCUCCUUUUAAUCCAAGGAGCACAAGCUGCCAUGCAUAGUUCUCUGCGUCCUCAUUUAAUCCCCGCAACAACCUGCAAGGUAGGACAGGUUCAGAGAUGGUGACGGGCCCAAGGUCACCCAGUGAGCUUACGGCCAAUGGGGAUUUGAACCCGGGCCUCCCAGGUCUCCUCAUGGCCAGGAGAGCUGUGUGCUCAAGGGAGACAUCCUCCAGGAGUCCUGAAGCCACAACAAUAAAGCCCUUUCUCCUUAUCUCAUUUUUGCCUUUUGUGCAGUUGACUUGUCACCUGCCGGGAUCCAGUAUUCUCUCCAGAGCUUCCAAAUACAAGACGAUGUUCUCAUCCUCGACCUGGGUGUAAGUACCAAGCAUUUGCCUACAGGGGAUGGGAUCCUGCUUCUUCAGAAAGAGAUCAACGAGGGGACCUAG